AAUCAGCAAAACAAGAACCCUUUUUACACCCCUCUUUGCCUCUUGUUGCUACCCUUUUUCUGCUUACGCUGGAUUUUCCAUGUCAAGUUUCUACAGUCCCAACUUUUCUCCAGCAAGAGCUGUUUCUCCACAGAUAACAGAUGCUGAUAGUCAAUACCUGUCGGAGUUAUUGGCGGAGCAUCAGAAGCUCCAGCCUUUUAUGCAGGUUUUUCCCGUUUGUACCAGGCUCUUGAAUCAAGAAAUCUUGAGGGUUUCAGGUAUGUUGCAAAGCCAAGGGAUUAACGAGCUUGAUAGACUGCGGCAUAGAAGCCCGAGCCCCAUGGCUUCUUCAGAUCUUAUGUCACAUGUUCCAGGGACUGGCUGGAAUGGUUUUCCACAAGAGAGGUUAAGUGGACCCCCUGGAAUGACGAUGGACUGGCAAGGAGGUGCUCCAGCAAGUCCUAGUUCAUACACCGUGAAGCGAAUCUUGCGGUUAGAUAUUCCUGUUGAUACAUACCCCAACUUUAACUUCGUGGGCCGGCUCUUGGGACCUAGAGGCAACUCACUAAAACGCAUAGAGGCUACAACAGGUUGUCGUGUGUAUAUACGAGGAAAAGGGUCAAUCAAGGAUCCUGAUAAGGAAGAGAAGCUAAGGGGAAGACCUGGCUACGAGCAUCUAAAUGAGCCACUUCACAUCUUGAUCGAGGCUGACUUACCUGCAAGCGUUGUUGAGAUAAGGCUGAGGCAGGCACAUGAAAUUAUCCAAGAGUUGCUCAAACCAGUGGAUGAGUCGGAAGAUUAUAUCAAACGACAGCAAUUAAGAGAGCUAGCGCUGCUGAACUCAAGUUUCCGAGAAGAUAGUCCUGGACCAAGUGGUAGUAGCAUGUCGCCAUUCAACACCAACGGCAUGAAACGUGCAAAAACUGGGGGUUAACAAUGAAAUGGAACCAGUGUCUCUGCUUUGGUAUACAUAUACAUACACACCAUGAUAUAUCUAUAUCUAUAUCUAUAUCUCUAUAUAUAUUGUAUGAUUUUUUGAAAGAAAAUUGAAAUGUAUAGGCUGACUAUUGACAGAGUAGUUUGAUAUUUGUUGUUUCUUGAAAAAUAAAAAGAAAAAGCAAAAGAAAAAGAAAUAGGAAUGUAGAUAGAAAACGAGUAGAGUAAGGAAUGAUUUGAUUUUCUUCUUGUUUGUUGGGUGAUGAUGCAUUUGUAAGCUUCGAUUCAUUGGAUUAAUUUAUUCAUGCAAGAUUGUUGUUA